GGACGGAGUAACCCCACAUUCGGGAUGGAACAACCUCCAACUGUGUUCAGUUUUCCUUUCUUAGCUCAUUUCUACGCACAAUCUUAACAUUCUAGGCUAGAGCAAAGUCUAAGCGAACUAGCCUUUCGAAUACUAGCAGUUCACCACACGCCGUCGAAGCCAUGGUCCUAAAUCUCCGGAGAGUCUACCAGCCGCCAAGCAAGGAGUAUAAUAUUAUUAUUCGAAAUCAUAGGGAUAACGUCAUGGCUUUCUGUCCCCCAAAAGAUGAAGAACACAUCAAUUUUGACCGUUGGCUCGAUUCUUCAACUAAAUGUACGGAAAUCAACAUCACCAACACCUACGGGCGCCUCGCAAUUCUUCAGCUUGAAGAUGACAAUUGGAAGCUCGUCGUGUCGGGUAAUAUUGUAGAAGGUCGAAAGGCCAUAAAUAAUAUUGGUGGAAGCAGAGAUUUUGACGUUAGGUUCACUGGAGAUGGGCACAUGCUUUUGCAGUGUUGGAAUGGAAAGAAUUGGGGGAAAGGCGCUGGCAAUGUGUUGGACUUCACAAUCGUACCGUUUCAAGCAAGCCUCGAAUCAACUCAACCAAUGCACAAACUUUAGGCAGGUAUUUAGCAGAAAAAUGAAGAAGGCAGAAGGCAGAAGGCACCGACAGGCUUAAUAGGCGUUGAACCCAAACUUCUAUUAUACACAUGCAGUAAAGCCACGUAUCCAAUCUACUUCGAGUCCGUGGAGUAGUCAAGUUGUAAAGGUUUAAAAGAUAACUUAUAAUUUUAAGUUGGACGAGUAAAACAUUCGAAGCAGUCGAUAUCGCGAAGCCUAGCCGCGAUAAUCGCGAAUGUCGAGGUAUAUAAACUUUAAUUAUUAGCGACGAAAUCAUCGGCCUCGUGGCGCAACGGUAGCGCGUUCGACUCCAGAUCGAAAGGUUAUCCGUUGUAAGUAGUCCAUUCAAACCAAU